GGCUGUCAUUUUUGUUUGUUGGUGUUGAAUGUCUGGUCGCAAAUUUCGGCGAAAAUAUUAUCAAUUUUAUAGUGUGAGAUUCAUUAUAGUAUUCUUAUUUACAAUGAGCCAAAAACGCAAUCGUUCUAAUAGCUGGGAUGAAGAAGAAAAGAUAUCUCAAGAAGAUGCCACUGUAGCCACUCCAAUUGCAAAAAAGGUUGAUUCAAUUCCAGCGAAGGACGCGAAACGAAAAAGUGUAACAAAUAAUAUGGUGCAUAGCUGUAAGAAGCCCAGAAAAGUAAACUGCUGCUUAUUUAGAGUUAAUUUUGUUUACAACACAAUCAAUAAAGCUAUUUAUAUGUCAUUACAGGACCAUGAGGACUACAUCAACAACAUGCUAGGGCAUAGCAAAAUGCUAAAGGAUGAUGAGCAUGUAAGAAAAAUGGAAAUAGCUGAUGAAGAGCAUAAAAUUAAGAUGGAAAUGGCUGUUGAAGAGCAUAAAAUUAAAAUGGAAAUUCAUAGAGAGAGAUUACAAUCUGCCAUAUUGGAGAGGGAAAUUUUGGAAUUGAAAAAGGCCCGUGAAGUUCUCAAUCCUUAGUUGUGUAUAUGUAGGUUAAUUCGUCUAUUUUUAUGAUUUUUAUAAGAUAAGUUUAAAAAUAAAAAAUAUUGUAAAUUUAAAACUUUUAUUUGCGCCAAAGGGCUAAUAUGCAUAUAAUAAUUUUAAUAUAUAUUUUUAAAAAUUCUCAU